GAGAGAGGAGGAUCCGAGGACGGGGCGAGCCACGAGAAAAGGUAGUGAAAGGCUGGUGGUGAAGGAUGUAGUCGAGGAUGAUCUGAAGGAAUUAUAGAUCUAGGGAUGAUACGCGUGAGGUGACUCUUGAUCUGCUUCCAUGUUGUAAGGUAAGAGUGAGCUACCUCGAGUACUACGAGUUGGGUGGGAUGGCCUUCCCAAUGCUGCAAGUGACAUCCCUUGGGGGAGAGCGUGGCCUGGAGGAAGCAGAGGAGGGUCGCAGUGGGGCGGCUGGCUUGCCGCCUGUGACCGGGGACACGCCCGCUGUGCCUCGCGUUGUGUACUUGAUCGGAGAGGCGGCCAAACGUUCACGUUCAGCCGGAGUGCUUGGCUGUGGCCGCGUGGCUCCCUUCACGCAAGUGGCAUCCUCGUCCCGUCCCAGUUCAGGCCAGCGUCCACGCCCACGCUCCAGCCCACGUCUAGGUCACCGCUAUGCUCGUGUCACUCCGUAUCCUGCCGAGGGACAAAGCAGACCUGAGGUCAGCCACGCGGGGCAGGUGACAGAGGGUGGCACGUCGCUGCUACCGAGGCUGAGACGCCACGACCUGACCGCUUGUUUGAGAGGGGAAGAGGACGCCCUCUCUUCGUCCGGCCCCCGCCCCUCAUCGCCUCCCGUCAUGUGCUCCCCGUGCGCGGGGAAAGGACACCAGUGGUCAGGGAGGUACUCAGUGCCCACCAUCAGCAUAGGCCCUCACUCCUCCUCUUCCUCCUCCACGUCCUCCACCUCACACCAUGCCAAGGGCUCCUCACAUGAUGAGGAAUGCACUGACAUCAUCAAUCUGGAAAACAACAAGUAUGUGACGGAGAGAAUCCACAACCUGGUGUCAGCCUUCAGCCAGCGAGCCAGCCGGGUCAAGGCACACAUUACACAGCCACUGACACCUUCCACAGACCUUUCGGAAGGAGCGGAUGACGGCCAGAACAAGGCCGGGGAGACUCGUCAGCCCUUGGACUCCCUGGAUGAUGAAGGGUCUGCCACUAAGGGAUCAUCAGAACCUGUGCCGGUGGGUCUUGGGGGCCGGCAGGCAUGGCUGUGUCGACACCUUCACCUCCUCUCUUCCAUCCUGGCUUUCCCGCAAGCACUAGAACCUCAGAGCCGCCUGUACAUCUGCUGGCUGCUGGUGGUGUCUAUUUCCUAUGUGUACAACGCCUGUGUCAUCCCACUGCGCUCUGUCUUCACUCACUACCAGACAGAGGACAACUUGGCAUGGUGGCUGACUGCUGACUGCCUGGCUGACCUUAUCUAUAUUGGGGACAUUGUGGUCUUCAAGUCUCGGGUCAUGUACCUGGAUAACGGUUUCUGGAUCAGCUCUUCGUCUCUCAUGCGGCGUCAUUACCUCAAGACUGUCAAGUUUCGGUAUGAUCUGGUGUCAUUGCUGCCGCUGGAACUGCUGUACUUCAAGUUUGGCCCCAUUUCUGUCUUCAGGCUGCCCCGGCUAUUCAAAAUCCACACGUUUUGGGAGUUUUUCAACCGCCUGGACUCAGUGCUUUCAUCACCACAUGCCGUGAGAGUGAUACGAACAGUGCUGUACAUGCUCUUCCUCAUCCACCUCAACACUUGCGCCUACUAUGGCUUCUCCAAGUAUGAGGGAAUCGGCUCCAACCUGUGGGUGUUCCAGGGAGAUGGCAAUGCGUACAUCCGCUGCUUCUAUUUUGCCACCAAGACUGCCACCAGCAUCGGCAAGAACCCUAAGCCGGAGAACAAGGAAGAGUAUUUGUUCAUGACGUGCUCUUGGCUUAUGGGCGUGUUUGUUUUCGCUCUCCUCAUUGGUCAGAUCCGUGACAUCGUGGCCACAGCAACGAGGAACCAGAAUGAGUACAGGAGAGUGAUGGACCACACUCAGGCUUACCUCCACCGUCUCAACCUGCCCGCCUCACUCCAAGAACGUGUGCGUCUCUGGUUUGCUUACACUUGGCAGAGUCAAAAAACCCUCAACGAGAUGAAAUGGCUUGAGUCGCUGCCAAAGAAGAUGCGGACAGACAUUGCCAUCAACGUGCACAUCCAGACCCUAUCCAAGGUGCAGCUGUUCCAGGACUGUGACAAGGCACUGCUGAGGGACCUUGUGCUAAAGCUGCAGCCUGUCCUCUACCUGCCAGGAGACUUUGUGUGCAAGAAGGGUGAGGUGGGGAAGGAGAUGUACAUUGUGCAGUCAGGUCAGGUGCUGGUAAUGGGAGGAGACAAGGUUCUUGCCACACUUGGGGAAGGCAGCGUCUUUGGGGAGAUCUCACUUCUGGCUCUGGCUGGUGGGAACAGGAGGACAGCAAAUGUGAGGUCUCGAGGGUUCAGCAGUCUGUUUGUGCUGAGCAAGGCUGAUCUUCAGGCAACCAUCAAGGAUUAUCCUGAAGCACAAGAGAUACUCAAGAAAAAGGCAAAGAAGCUGAUUAAACAAAAUGAGGAGAGGGAGCGGCAGGAACCAACAGCUGAUGACAACGUGAUCAUCAAGUCCAGAGAGGCCACACCCAAGCUGCUUCACACUGUCCUGCAGGUGGUCCGACCAGACUCCUUCACAGCGAGUGUCAUCAGGAGGUCCUCUCGGUCAGUGUCCCAAAGCUCUCUGCCAUCCCCCUGCCUUUGGACCUCCUCUCAGGCCUCCCCCUACACCUCAGCCUCAUCUUCCACCUCCCAUAGAAGGUCCAGUAGGAGAUACUCUUCAGAACGUAGAAGGUCGUCUCUUGAAGUGCCAACAGUUACAGGAGGUCACCCAGUCGCCAAAUUGAGUUUGUCUGAGAGUCUGCAAGAGGAAGAGGAAGAGGAGGAGUUUGUGAUAGUGGAAACAUGCAAGGAACCAACCAGUCCUGCCUCUUCCUGCCACAGCCACCACACCACCAUCACCCUCCACCACUCCUCUCACCCCUCCAGCCCUGUCCUGCAGCCCGCCUCACCCUGCACCUCCACCUCAUCCCACGAAGAGGUGUUUGUGCUUGAGUCUGCCCCUGAGAAGCCACUAAAAAGUCAGAGCCAUGAUGGGACUCUGAAGGAGGCUGAUAACUCUACCUCAAAACUGUCAUAUCUUGAUGCUGGCCAGAUCCAUAAGUCUAUCAGCCCAUCACAGCAACAGGAGGAAGAUUUGAUACAGCUUUCACCAGUUAAGGAAAGCCAGGCAGCCAGGAAAGACUCUAUUGAACCAGACCAAGCCACUAAGAGUUCACAAGCCUCUGAGUGUGCUGCUAGUAAGGUCUGUCUUUCAAGCCAGGAGAGGAGCAGGUUCACAGAGGCAGAAAACAUUGAGUUAGCAAAUGGAUUCACCUCUGCUCCCUCAUCAGCCAAUCAUAAUAGAGAAAAUAGUGUAAGAAAACAGUCAUUCAGCUCAGGAUCUCUAAUGAGCCGCCAAACUGCCACAAGAUCUCUUUCAAGCAGCAGUAGCAGCAGUCACUGGAGGGAAAGAACAAGCAGCAGUACCAUUAACACCACUAACAGCAGCAAGAACGUGACAUCUCAGCCGAACAGCGCAGCAAGGGACUCUGGGAAAGAAACAAGCCACACACAGACACCUGACAUCAGCUUGUCAUUUCCGGCACCUGCACAAGAUGGUGACUCUAGCUCCAUCUCCUCGUUCUGGGAUCAGUCCACCCAUAGCAGGAGUUGUAAGCUGCAGGUGGAAACACUGGUUGCCAACACAGAGCUCCUUGCUGAGGCCAUCCAGUCUUCCCCCAGGAGUGCUGCCAACACUGAGGACCUGCUUGCCAAGUUUGGUCUGAACCACAGUGCCAGGGAGGGAAGUGCCCUGGGCUGCCCCUCACCCAGGGACUCCAGCACUUCACCUCUCUCCUAUGAACUCUUCCUCACUGAGCUCUCCAAGACCAUGCCCAACGUUCGUGACCAGGUCCCUAUUCUCUCCAGUUCCUCACUUUCCUUGAGCUCGGCCUCUUCAGCUUGGCAGCAACCCAUCUUGCCCUCGCCUCCUGCUCCCUCCCAGGUGGUGUCCCCUCCCACCUCCCUGUCUCCUUACCAGAUCUCCUGCUCGGCCAUUGUCCACAGGGAAUGUAUAUCGCCGGACACUUCUCCUUUUGAUGCACAGGAGUCUAAACUCUAACUGAAUUAUGUUAUUACUGAGAUCAAUGCAUUCCAAACUUCUAGAUCUCUUUCCUUAGGUGAGUUUUACUGAUUUUGUUUACCUUGAACUAUAAUUUUGAGUAUUUCUCUUUGUGAUGGCCAUAAGUCUAAAGUAAAUUGUGUUAGGAAACUGGAUACAGAUACUGUAUUCAAAUUGUGUUAUUAUUGAGAUUUAUGCAUUUCAAAUCCUCUUAGUGUAGCUUUGAUAUGGUCUUGUUUAUCUUGGAGUCAUGAAACAUGUCUGUUUGAUGCCUAGGAAUCUACAUUCUGAUUAUUCCACUUAUGUUACUUGGAGUCAUGUUAUUAUUUAGAUAUUUAGUGUUUGUAAUAGGAAAGAUAUAACCAGUCAUUUCAAUAUACUGAUACACAAUGUUUGUAUGAGGAAGGAUAUUUCUGUUUGUUGUGUCAUUCAGUUGAUUUGCUCUGUGUGUGUAGAUGGGUAACCUUAGUUGUGUAAAAGUACCUUACCUCUUUUGUUGUGAUCAUUAGAGUGAUGUUUGAUUGAUAAUUACGGGUUUAAUGCACAGACAGAUUUUUAAUACAGCUUAAGAUAUCUGCAGCAUUAGUUCAUUGUGAUAAUAAUUUAUCUUUAUACCAGGCUGACAAUCCUACACAGAGUAACCCUGACAAAGCAAAACACACACACACACACACACACACACACACACACACACACACACACACACACACACACACACACACACACACACAC